GACUUCCAUAUUUAUGCGUCUGCGUUUUCGUCUAUGCCAAAAAAAGAUGGCUGCGCCCAUGAGGAAGACACUAACGUUUUCAAAGUUAUCUUGUCAUCGUAUAUUUGGAGGUAUUGGAAGCGUUAGGGCAGCUAGUAACCGUUACGACAAAGACAGAACUCCAGCUCAAAGACAAAAGGUUAGUCCUGAACAUAUAGAGAAGACUGCAGGGCCAUGGAAAAACUAUACAGAUUUGAAUGCAUGGAGAAGACGUCCAAGACAUAGUGACUCAACGCCUUACGACCCACAAAAAGUCACAAAGCUAUUGGAGGAAAUAGAUUUCUCUACUAAGGAUGACAUGCCUAUAGAUAUUCCAGAUCCAUAUGAAGAAAAACCAAAGCGUUGUAUUCUAUGCCAGCACAAAGUUGAAGUGUCUUAUAAGAACACUCAGUUGUUGAGUCAGUUUGUUUCCACAUAUACAGGAAGAAUUUAUGGACGGCAUGUGACAGGACUAUGUUAUCAUAUGCAGAGAGAAAUAGCACGAGAAGUACGGAAGGCAAGAAGAUUUGGUUUCAUGCCAAGGUUGUACAAAGAACCCAAAUAUAUGAAGGAUCCUGCUUUGUUCAACCCCUUCCAGAAGAAAACAUACCCAUAUGGACAAUAAUUCUCGUUUUGUAUAAUUUUGUAAAUUUUUAUUGGAUGAUUUAUUAUUCAAUACACAGUUUACUGUUAUGAUGUAAAUGCUUCAAAUAUAUGAAUAAAAACACACAUUUGUA